CAAUGGCGGCGCCCAUACGAAGUAUAAUCUUUCCCUCCGUUCUUCUAUUUUUGUGCAUUUCAGUUGGAAUAGGAGCUUUUAAUUCAGAUAUUGACCCAUCGGACAAUGUGGCAUUUCAUUCAGGAAACCAACAAAGUGUACAGUUUGGAGCGGCAAAGCCAAGAAGGUUUCUCCUCUACGAUGUCAAUCACGGUGAGGGUUUCAACCUAAGGCGAGAUGUCUACAUGCGGAUAGCCAACCUGCUGCGAAGGCUCAGGCAGGAUGAAGACUGGGUGCUCGUGCUACCCCCUUGGGGAGGCCUGUACCAUUGGAAGACUCGCUCCCUGGAGCAGAUCAGAAUUCCCUGGUCAACCUUCUUCAAUGUGGAGAGCUUGAAUCGCUUCAUCCCCGUGAUCGAGUUUGAUGAGUUUGUGAAAGAAUCUGGCCAGGCAGUGAUAGACCAGAUUCUAUACCUCCAGGGAUACAAGGAGGGUUGGACCAACGGCAAGUGGGAGGAGAAGAUUGAUGAGCGAGAGUGCAUUGACCCUCCCUCGUACCGACCAGAUGGACAGGGUCUCUACAGAGGCUGGUUUUGGGGGUACUCGGACGUCUACGCCAAAGCUUUCAAAUGUUUGUCAGUGCAGGGGAUGGCUGGUAUAAUGGCGCCGAUUCUAUUGCACAAUGUGACUACCAGCAGGUCAGUCUUUGUAGAUAGGGGAGAGAAGUUGCUGCAUGACCGCUAUGGGGAUGCUUCUUAUUGGGCCGCAAGGAGAAGUAUGAGAUUUGCCAAACAUUUACGAGACAUCGGGGACGAGUUCAGAGCAAAUAAUCUUGAAUCUACGGAUGAGAAGGACAAGACUGAAACGACAGAAGACUGGAGGGAUAUGAAGCCGAAACCAGGCUCUGCACUCGGAGGGCCCUACCUUGCAGUCCACUUACGACGAGAAGAUUACGCUCGGAGUAAAAGAAAAGAAGUUGCUACAUUACCGAGAGCGGCUGAACAGAUUAAGGCGGCCCUAAUUAAGUAUGAUCUGAGGAAGGUCUUUGUAGCUACUGAUGCUCCUAAGCAUGAAAUCAAAGAAUUGAAAAAGCUGUUACCAGACUACAAAGUCUACAACUAUGUUCCUCCAAAAGGAAUUCUGGAGAAUUUUAAAGAUGGCGGAGUGGCCAUUAUAGAUCAAUGGAUAUGCGCUCAUGCAAGGUAUUUUAUGGGAACGGGCGGGUCCACCUUCUCAUUUCGCAUCCAAGAGGAGAGACAGAUUCUUGGGUUUGACACGAAGAUGACCUACAAUCGUUUUUGUGGUGACACAGAGCCAGAGGACUGUGAUCAGCCGUCAGUCUGGAAGAUAGUCUACGAUUAAUGAAAGCUUUUUGUCCACUUAUACGGUGGUCAAACGUCAAGUUUAUUUUCUAGGUAAAAACUACUUAUCGGUAGACGUAUUUAUUUUUGUAAAUCUUAGCACGAUUAUAUUGAGCUACUUAACCAAAAAUAUUUUCUGAUAAACUGAGCCACCACUUUAUGUGUGACUUAGGUACUAAGUUCGCAUUUUCAGUUUCAUUCUUUUGUCAGGGUCUUGUGAUAUGCAAAUUCUGCUUUUGAUAUGCGGGAACAUUAAUUAUCUCAUGUUUAUGCAUCACUAAGAAAUUGAUGAAACAAAUUGUUACCAAACCAGGAUAAAUAACUUUACUUACAUACCUAUUACAUUUCACUUUAUGUUUUGAUACACUGUACAGCAUUGAUAACUAAGUUUAUGACAAAAUAUUUCAAAAAAAGAUUCAAAACCAUUGUUCAGUAGUAACAGUUAAAGGCAGUGGACACUAUUGGUAAUUACUCAAAAAAAUUAUUAGCAUAAAACCUUACUUGGUAACA